UAAUUAAAUAAAUCCAACGUAAAAUUCACCCGAACCAAUUGAGACUGGGCCGCUUUAUGUUGAAGAGAGUUGGCACAUUUUUUGUUCAAAUCAUUUGAAAAAGAAAAAAAAUGGAAUCAAGUUGCCCUUCAACCCCUCGCUGGAACCUCGACAGACCUUUCCUCACCGGCCGAUUUCACCAGGAAAUAAAAGGGACAUCUCGGUUCGCAGCUGAAGCGAAGGGUUUUUCUUUGGAUUCGUUCAGCUCUGGAUUGGAAAAUCCAAUUGGUUGUUAUGAUGCUGCGGUUCAGGAACUUAUUGUCAUUGAUGAUCUCCUAUUUGCUUUGGUUGGAAUUGAAGGACGGUACAUUUCAAUCAAAAGAGUGCAUGGAAAGGUCGAUACUGUUACUUUCCAGGUUGAUGCAUCUAUGGAUUUAGCACUUCAGGAAUUAGCAAAACGGAUAUUUCCUUUAUGUGAGAGCUUUCUCCUGAUUGACCAGUUUGUAGAGUCCAGAUCUCAGUUCAAGAAUGGCCUUGUCAAUCAUGCCUUUGCUGCUGCAUUGAGGGCUCUCCUUUUGGAUUAUCAGGCCAUGGUUGCACAGCUUGAACACCAAUUUCGACUCGGAAGACUUUCCAUCCAAGGAUUGUGGUUUUAUUGUCAGCCCAUGAUGGGGUCCAUGCAAGCAUUGUCCAAUGUGAUACAAAAGGCUUCAGCUAAUAAUUGUGCAGGUUCUGCAGUGCUUAAUCUGUUGCAGAGCCAGGCUAAGGCUAUGGCUGGUGAUAAUGCAGUGAGGUCAUUACUAGAGAAAAUGACCCAAUCUGCUAGCAAUGCAUACUUUAGCAUAUUGGAAAGGUGGAUCUAUGAAGGAGUGAUUGAUGAUCCAUAUGGUGAAUUUUUUAUAGCUGAGAACAAGUCUCUCCAAAAGGAGAGCCUUACUCAAGAUUAUGAUGCUAAAUAUUGGAGGCAACGUUACAGUCUGAAGGAUGACAUUCCUAGCUUCCUUGCAAAUAUUGCUGGUACAAUAUUGACUACUGGGAAAUAUCUGAAUGUCAUGAGAGAAUGUGGGUACACUGUUCAGGUCCCUAUGUCUGAAAAUUCUAAACUAAUGACUUUUGGAUCCAACCAUCAAUAUCUUGAGUGUGUAAAAGCUGCUUAUGAAUUUUCCAGUGGUGAGCUCUUAAAUCUCAUUAAAGAAAAGUAUGAUCUAAUAGGAAAGUUGCGGUCUAUAAAGCACUAUCUUCUUCUUGACCAGGGUGAUUUCUUGGUUCAUUUUAUGGAUAUAGCUCGAGAGGAGCUCUUGAAAAAGCAUGAUGAGAUUUCUGUGGAGAAAUUGCAGUCUCUGCUGGAUCUUGCUUUGCGUACCACAGCUGCUGCUGCAGAUCCUUGUCAUGAGGACUUAACAUGUUGUGUGGAGAGAUCUUCAGUUCUCAAAGGAUUAAGCAGACUGAAGGAUCUUGACAUCAGGAAGGUAUCUGACAAUCAUGAUCUAGAGGAGUUAAUAAGCAUCACUGGUCUUGAGACAUUUUCCUUGAGCUAUAAGAUUCAGUGGCCACUGUCAAUUGUUAUAUCAAGAAAAGCCUUAACAAAAUACCAGUUGAUUUUCCGCUUCCUUUUUCACUGUAAGCAUGUGGAACGCCAACUUUGUGGGGCUUGGCAAAUGCAUCAAGGAGUUCGUGCUCUUAAUACUCGUGGAACUGCCAUCUCUAGAUCAUCUCUCCUCUGUCGUAGCAUGCUGAGAUUUAUUAACAGUCUUUUGCAUUAUCUAACAUUUGAGGUUCUUGAACCCAAUUGGCAUGUGAUGCAUGGUAGACUUCAGACUGCAAAAAGCAUAGAUGAGGUUAUCCGGCAUCAUGAUUUUUUCCUUGAUAAGUGUCUGAGAGAAUGUCUGCUUCUUUUGCCUGAAUUGAUAAAGAAAGUGGAGAAGUUGAAAUCUUUGUGCCUACAAUAUGCAGCAGCAACACAAUGGUUAAUUUCAUCCUCUGUUGACAUUGCCAAGUUAGAGGAGCAGCCUGAUGGUUCAGUUGGCUCAGAGAAGUCGAAGCAGCGGAAAUCAAGGAACCCAUCUCAGGCGCAAAAUGUCAUGACUAGAAACUCAUCAGUCACUGAUUCUAUUCUUAAAUUUGAGAAGGAAUUUAGUUCUGAGCUUCAGAGUCUGAGACCAAUUUUGAGCAGCAGUUCCCAAGCAGAACCAUAUUUGACGCAUCUUGCUCAGUGGAUUCUUGGUGUUGGAAAUGAUCAAUAAGUUCUUAAUUUGUUAGCUUCCUGGAAAUUUAUUACAUGAUUAUAUGGUUAUAAGAAAUGUGAAUCUCUUCGUCAUGCCUUUUCCGUCUAUAUAUUGUGCUUUACGGUAGGAGUUAUUGUUUGUGUCGGGCUUCUCUGUAUCUUUAUUUCCUAUUUAUACAACAUCUCUUGCUUCAUUGCAGAAGAACGGGGUAAGAGUGGGGGGCUCGUAAAUGUUAACGAGAAGUGAGAAGCAAGAUAUAUGUACUGAUCUUCUACUUGUAUGGUUAGCAAGGCAUUUUUUAGGUCUCUCGUUUGACAAAACAACUGACUGCUAUAUGUUAACGAACUGUUCCAUGUCAUAAACUUGAUAGCCCUGAUCAAUCCAUUUGGCCUUGGUUGAUCUUUGUCAUUUCUUUUUAUUCUUUUAUUUAUGCCCUUUUUUUUUAAUCCAAUGGCUAGAUAACAUUAUAGUGGUAGGUUUUUAUUUUUGCUUAUUUUUGUUUUUUUUUUUUAAUUAUAAACCCUGCAUCAAUGGUAAAGAUGGGAAUCAAUUAAAGGAUUUUAGGUGCAACCAAAGUCGUUGGUAGGGUGGUACCGUAUUUGACAUCGUUUUUGUUUUGGUAUUAAUACGUGAUAUGUACCGGUAUCAAUAUAAAUCUAAUAUAUUGAAUGAAAUAUCAAAUAUAAAAUACUCAUCGAUUACGUAUAAAUUUUUAAAAUUAUAAAUAGCAUAAUUUUUUCUGGUUACAUAUGAAAAUAUUUGGACCCUAAUUAUCAAAAUGAAAGGUAAUUGUCCUCUCACAACCCAUAUUUUUGUUUGGUUUCUUUUUUGGUAAGAAUGAAACCUUUUCCUUUAGUAAGUGUAAUUAUUGUUUGGCUAUGAACCAGCAAACAUAUGCUUGGCAUGGCAAGUUAAAGUUGAAUUGUGUAA